AUGUCUGCUGUUAUCUUGGUGACCGGUGGAACGGGUCUCGUCGGCAAGGCCAUUGAAUAUGUCAUCGAAAACGAACCACAAGGCUCGCGCUUCGCAAAACGCCCUGGCGAAAAGUGGAUCUUUGCCAGUUCUCGGGACGCUGAUCUCAGAGAUCCCAAACAGGCGUUGGAACUGUUCGAAAAGUACCAGCCUACCCAUGUCAUUCACUUGGCAGCGCUCGUCGGUGGUCUCUUUGCGAACAGAGAGCGCAAAGCAACGUUCCUUCGAGACAACAUGUUGAUCAAUGACAACGUUCUGCACACGGCUCGCAUCAAGAAGGUUCAGAAAGUCAUAUCCUGUCUUUCUACCUGCGUCUUCCCUGACAAGAUCGACUACCCCCUGACCGAAGAGAAGGUCCAUCUUGGCCCACCGCACGAUAGCAACUUUGGCUAUGCCUACGCCAAACGCAUGGUCGACGUCCAGAACCACGCGUACAAGGAGGAAUUCGGCUGCAACUUCACCUCUGCCAUUCCGACGAACGUCUUUGGACCUCAUGAUAACUUUAAUCUGAGACAUGCCCAUGUCAUUCCUGCUCUUAUCCACAAGUGCUACCUCGCCAAGAAAAACGGAACCCCUUUCAAGGUCAUGGGGGACGGAUCUCCUCUGAGACAAUUUAUCUACUCGCGGGAUCUGGCCAAACUCUUCAUAUGGCAGUUGCGGGAGUAUGACGACGUAGAACCUGUUAUUUUUUCUGUGGACGAAAACGAUGAAAUUAGCAUCAGGGACGUGGCCAACGCGAUCGUCGAGGUUAUGAAAUACGAUCUUGGCGCUCAGUUUGAGAACGAACCUAAUGAUAAUGGUCAAGACCGCAAGCCCGCUUCGAAUGCUAAGCUCAUGAAACUCAUCGGUGAAUUCAAGUUCACGCCGUUUAAAGAAGCCCUGCGAGAAAGCGUCGCUUGGUUCCUCGACAACUAUGAUAACGCCAGGACUGGGCAUGCUUCCAACUAG